AUGGCCUUUCUGCUCAAGUACGACAAGGACAACGACGGCGUGAUUGAGAAUGAGAACUUUGCGGAUCAGACAUACGAUGUGUGGCUGGUGGAUGGCGUCAGUGCGUACUGCGGGGGUCUGUGGGUUGGUGCUACGACUGUAAUGGCUGAAGCCGCCAAGGUGCUGUCGAGCAACGGGCGCACUCUCGCCACUGCAGAGGAUGUCACAAAGUGGUCGGACAUGGCAGCCAAAGGGAAAGCAGUGUACGACAAGAAACUCUGGAACGGCAAGUACUACAACUACGACGAGAGCAACAGCGCCCACAACGACAGCAUCCAAUCGGACCAGUGUGCGGCCCAUUUCUACCUACAGGCGAGCGGUGUACCCAGCUUCUGUGAGUCAGAAAAGGUGCAAUCGGCCCUAAAAACGGUGUUCUCACACAACGUUAUGCAAACGGCCGGAGGCACCAUGGGGGCAAUCAACGGCUGUAGACCGAACGGUAGCCCUGACUAUGCGAGUAUGCAGUCGGUGGAGAUCUGGACGGGUGUGACGUACCAGGUGGCCGCAGGGAUGAUUCAAGAGGGCCUUGUGGAGGAAGGAUUUAAAACAGCCAAGGGCGUGUACGACUACGUGUGGCUCAAAUCAGGCAUGGCGUUUCAGACACCCGAGGGAUACUUCCCCAAUGGAAACUACCGCUCGCUGUGCUACAUGAGACCAUUGAGCAUUUGGGCCAUGCAGCACGUGUGGGAACAACGGAAGUCCAAGAAGUCCAAAGCAGCGACGGCUGCGGUGGAGCCAUCAGAGGCCACAGCGUAG